AUGGAUUCUCCGCAACACAGGGAGCCAGCAUCUGCCGAAUUUAAGCGCCUUGCUCCUCGUGUGGUGCACGCGAUUCAAGCGUGGAUAGAGCGCGGGGAAGAGACAGGCACGCCCGUCACGCCAUGGGAGACGGUGGAUGAGUACCAGGGGUGUAUGGAGUUGACGUUGCCUACAGAGCCGUACGACGAGGAUCGGUUGGUGGCGGAGAUCCAAGCGAUUCUCGCGAAUAGUGUCAAUCCAUGGACACGCCGUUUCCUCGCGAAGCUGUACACAACGCCGACAGUGACGUCGGUCCUUGGCGACUUGGUCCUCGGCGCGAUGAACGCGUCCGUGCAUGUGUUUUCCGCGUCGCCCAUGCUGAGCCGCAUUGAAGAAAAGUGUGUCGCGGGCCUAUGUGAGCUCAUGCGACUGGGCCCAGAGGCGGACGGAGUGAGUCUGCCAGGCGGCGCCGCCUCGAAUACCCUCGCUGUGCAAACCAUGCUUUCCCAAGCAUGCCACGGCGUAUACCGACAAGGCGGUGUAUGGGCCCUCAUGCAAAAGCUCGAGCAAGAGCAUGGACGGCGUGGUCCUGGCGCCCGGCCCGCGAUCCUCACAAGCGCGCACAGCCAUUUUAGUAUCAAACAAGCGGCCUUGGCGGCAGGUCUCGGGACGGAUGCAGUCGUACGUAUACCCUGUGAUGCCCAUGGGCGAAUGAACGUCGAAGCUCUGCAGCAGACGAUCUCCGCGAUGCGGACCGAUGCCUAUCACCCGCAAGGCUGGCCAAUGGCGGUGUGUGCGACGAGCGGAACGACCGUCAUGGGCGCGUUUGACGACCUCCCUGCGAUCGCGGCCGUCUGCGAAGCGCAUGCGUGCUGGCUGCAUGUGGAUGCCUCGUGGGGCGGCGCCGUGAUGUUUGCGCCGGAGGCCCCACGGUACAUGUGCGGCGUCGAGAACGCCGAUAGCGUCUCGUUCAACCCACACAAGCUGCUGAAUGUGACGCACCAGUGCUCGUUCUUGCUAGUCAAGGACCAACGUGUGCUGUAUGCCCCGCCGGCUGACGCUGGCUACCUCUUCCAUGCCGAUGGCAAGCAUAUGGACUUGGCCGCCAAGACCCUGGGCUGCGGUCGUCGUGGCGAAGCGCUGAAGCUGUACUUGUCUUGGCUGCGGUACGGGACGCACGGGUUUGGGCAGCAUAUUUCGGCAGGCCUAGCGCUCGCGCAGCGUGUGCGUGCCUAUAUUCAGACGCAGCCCACGCUGGAGCUGGGACCCCAAGCGGAGCCGCUAUUCUUGCAGAUCUGUUUCCGGCCGCGGCAGGCGGGGAAUGCAGGUACACGCGCGCUCCACGCGGCGUUUGUGCGAGAGCGCACGUUUGCCGUGGACUUUGCGCCGAUCCACGGCGAAGAGUACUUGCGGUUGGUGGUGCAUCCCAGUACGGAGUAUGAGGCAUACGAAACAUUGGUCAGGGCGGCAGCGGCGGCGGCCGCCGCCGCCGCAGCUGCUACGGCAGCUACGACGCAACAAAGGAACGAAACUACAUAG